GGCGACCUCAGUCCAGUGAGGAUGUCGCUUAGCAAAUACUAUUCUCGUAUUAGACACAGGAAGAAUGACAAAGUUUUGGACGGUCAUGGAGCAUUUUGAGUGGUUUUCUAUGAUACACAGAAAAUGUUGCCGUCAGUUGCCAUGUCUGCCGAGAGCCUUACGCGCUACGGGGAAAUCUACUCCACAAAACUGACUGGAAAUAGCUCCUGUCUGCGCUGGUGCCGGCGAUGAGUGGUCAUGGGGCCAGCCCCGUGAUCGACGGUCAUGAUUGGCAGAUUAUCGCGCGGCUUGAUGGCCCAUUACCAGCGCCGUGUGGGGUUGUACAGUGAAAGAGAAAGUGGUGAUGGGAGCCAGCUAUACAGGUGGCUGGAGUGGAGUUCGUGCAUCAUCGCUCGUACGCCACCACCACCACCACCACCCACCUACCACCACCACCACCGACCAGCACCACCUACCACCACCACCUACAAACGUUAACUCCCAUAGCCAGUGAGAAGACUGUCACCUCUGUGAGAGAUUGAAUGUUAUGAGUUCCACGAACCAGGGAAAAUGGCCAGUGAGGAAACACAAGCUCCUAUCUGCCGUCUCCCAAGACCAAUUGUCCUCUGUGUUACCACGUCAACCAGAUCUCCCGUCUGGGUCUUCUCAUCAACCCAGUGUCCUCACUGGGUCGCCUCAUCAACCCAGUGUCCCCUCUGGAUCGCCUCAUCAACCCAGUGUCCCAUGUUCGUCAGCGCACCAAGACAAUGUCUCCUCGACUUCACUAUACCAAUCACAGGCCUACCUGUCUCCGCACCAAAACCGACCAUUGUCCGCAGCGUUGCAGCAAGUUCAAGUGACCCGUCUUUCACCACACCACCUACGACGGUACCAACUCUGGAUGUCCUCAUUGCCACCAGAACAUGAUAGAGACUCCUUCGUGUCGCAUCAAGAUGAGACGUUCUGCAGGUCACAGUGUGAAGAUCAUAUGUUCUCUCUAUCCCAGCAACAAGAAUAUGUGUUGACAAAAUCACCUCAGCAAGCUCGGUUAUGUACUGGAUCACCACACCAAGACCAGAUGUUGACAAGGUCACCACAACAAGACCGGUUGUCAACUAGAUCAUCGCAUCAAGGUACAAUGCGGUCUUUGUCACCAAACCCCAGAAGAAUGUCUUCCAGAUCACCUCAUCAAGACCAGAUAUCUUCCAGGUCACCAUAUGAGGACCAUAUGUCCUCUCCGUCACCAUAUCAGGACCAUCUAUCCACUGGAUCACCAAGCAUGUCUUCACCAAGGUCCUACGAAAACCUUUCACCAAGAUCCUGUGAGAAUCUCUCACCUGCUUCCUAUGAAACUCCCUCACCAAUGUCAUACGUGACCCUCUCGCCCAUGGCUUAUCAGCCCCACACUGCCCCAGCUCAGCAACCACCCUCCAGAAACCAGCCAUGCCAAAUCCGCUUCGUCCCGAGUUCGUGGUUUGACACACAGGAGCACCUCAGUCAGUAUCACACCUACAAACAUCCUGAUGAGCACUGGCAUAGGAUGCCCCAUCACUCCCACCAGGACCUGUAUGGUCAUGAGCCUAAGGACCCUCGCUGCCCUGCACCCAAGGACCCCUACAGCCGCUCCCAUCAAGGCUACUACGGUUACAUCCACUCUAGAGAAGACAGACCUCUGGUGAUCGACUUGGAGGAGGAAGAAGCACUGGACCUGCGACUGACCGCAAAGACUGAUGCACAAGAGGCUAUGGAUCAGGAUAGCCAAGGUACCCAUGACUCGCUCAAGAAAAUCUCAACAAAAAGAAAACGAGAUCGAGGACCCAAGUCGUGGGAGUUUCUGAUGCGACUUUUGGCGGAUGAGGCGACCAACCCGUCAGUUAUUCGGUGGGAGGACGAGGCGGCGGCCACCUUCAGGCUGGUGCAGCCCCAAGAGAUCGCCCGCAUGUGGGGGACCCGCUCCUGCAAGCCUAACCUCACUUACAAUAACUUCGCUCGGGCCCUCAGGUACCAUUACUCGACCAAGUACUUGACGAAGGUGUCGGAGCGUCAGCUUGUGUACGGUUGUGGCCACGAAGCUCUGAAAUUUCUUGCCAAGUUGAAGAACCAGUCAUGCUAAAGGUGGUGGUGCAGUAGUAGUGGUGGCAGUCGUGGGGGGUACUGAAGUGCCAUAUUGGAUUCGUGUGCGGCAUUAUGGGUGUUGAUCAUCCUGGACAUGCUGCAUGCUGAGAUCAGAUCCCCUAGCGGUUUCAGGGAGGACUUUAGCAAUGAUAAAAAAAGUGACAGAAAUAACAGCAAAAUGCAUAGGCAUGUUGAUAGGCUAUUGGUUAUGUUGAUGAAAGAGGAUGUUCAGGAAGCUCUUUCUUUUGCUAUCACUGAGAAGCAGUCUAAGUUGAGUAGGCUAAGGGACUCUAUGGUUCCUAGAAGCACUGAAUAAAUGUAGACUGCAGCAAUGCAAGAUUUUCUACCUGAGAAUGAUCAACGUCUUGCUGAGUAUGUCCAUAUGUCUCAUUACGUGAUCUAUUCCCAGAGCAGCAAUUUUUUCCCAUCAUAAUCCUGGAAUCAUAAACCUAUGCACACAAGGAACAAAUUUAUAAAAAAAAUAUUUUUUAUUAUGGCGAGAAGGACUGGUUGAAACUAUUUAGGCUCUAUGGCAGAGUAGUCUACAUCCUCGGCACACAACCGAGGAAUCCCCGGGCAGGAAAGAAGGGCAUGUUUCCUCUUUACCAAAUGCCUCUGUUCACCUAGCAGUAAAAUAGGUACCCGGGAAUUAGGCAACUGUCGUGGGGUUGCAUCCUGGGGAGGGUCAUCAGUAGCUGGCCUAUGAGAGGGUGGGAGGCGGCUCAAUUAGCCUAAGUACUGGCUUCCUGUCCCAGUAAGCAGGAAUUAUUGUUUCUUAAAAGCAGAUACUUGAUUGUUCCUCUUCGAUCCAUCUUUAGGCGGGAUUGUUGAAGUAACCGGAGUGUCGAAGGGGAAUGAGCAAAGCGCCACUAUUGCACACAGUUCCUCUUCUCAUUACCGGUUGUUGUACAAUGUAAAUUCUAUGUAUAUACUUGAUGACUGAGAUCUCGGUGGUGAUAGUGUGCAUUAGUGUUCAUCUCUGACUACAACAAGUCUGCCAAAGAACAUGUUCUUGCUGUGAAUAUCAAGGACAGGGACCACCUCAUGACAUUGUAGUAAUUAGCAUUUAUAAAAUGUAAUAUAUUGAAGUAAAGGCUUUUGUAACAAAACCUAUGUUGUGAAUAUUCCUACGUAAUGUGUACAAAUAUUCUUAAGAGUAUGUGAAAAUGGUUUAAAAUUAAAGUGUAACACAAGUAGCAUGGGUUUAUAUACUGUUUGAGGUGUACUGUGCUUCUCAGUGUAUAUUUGUUGUAACUAAUAGCCAGAACUCACUAUUUGGCCUAGUAUGCAAGACCUGAUUUGCCUAAUAGGCAGAGUGAAUGUUAUUUUAAAAUAUUUAUUUUCCAAUUGGUUUAUUUAUUAGGAACAUGAAUUAUUGACAUAAGUUUGAUAAAAUUGCUGUUAGUUUAACACAAAUUAAAAAGAAAACAUAUAUAAUGAAAAGCUUUUUUCCCUCCAUAAGAAAACAAAAUUAGAAAAAUACACAAUUUCAGGAAAACUCGGCUUGUUAGGCAGCUUGGCAUAUUAGUACAACAUAUUCCUUGAGAGUAUACGUUCGUCCUGUGACUAUUAUGUUAUUAUGUUGUAACAAGAGGACGAUAUUAUGUUGUUGUUGAAGCAUCAUCAUGCCAUUAUUUAAGUUGUAAUUACAUGACGUCACCAUAUGUUCUUGCUGCGUAGGAAUAACAUACUGUUAUAUUGCAAUGAUAUCAUAACAUGAGGAGAUUAUGUUGUUGUAAUAUGACAUUAUUAUUAUAUAAUACGGCAUUAUUAUGUAAUAUGAAAUUAUUUGUUACUGCAAUAUUGUAACGUGACAUUAUAUUUUGCAAUGCUAUAAUAUCGUGACAUUAUUGCUGUUGAAAUUUGUAACAUAACAUUAUUUUUAUGUUGUUACAAUAUUGUAAUAUCAUGUCAUUAUCAUGUUGUUGAAAUGUUGUAAUAUCAUGAUAUUCUGUUGUUCCAGUGUUGUAAUUACAUGACAUUAUGUUGUUGCAACGUUGUAACAACAUAAUAUUAUUAUGGCGGUGCAAUGUUGUAAAAACGUGACAUUAUUAUCUUUGUUGACACUUUUGUUGCAACGAAGAACAAUGUCGCUGUGCAUUACACUGUGUAUAUUGCCACAAGUUGUCACCCACAGUCAAAAAUGUCACCCACAAUUUAAGAUACAAUGCGUUAGGUAAGAAAAACUAGUCUUUACGUUGAAAAAUAAAUAAUUUUGUUGUUUUGUA